UACUUCAAGAUUUACUUGCACUCUUUGUACGCAUUCACGAUCUUAUAAAACUCAACGUAGUCUUCAACAUCAUGAAACAAUAAAACACAAAGAACAUAAUAUACUACCUUCUCAUAUAUUACCAUUACCUAACUAUGAGCUUGAUCAUGUUAAAAAAGUUAUGGUCUGGGAAAUUCAGAAGUGUCUAAAAAAGCAUCAUCGUACUGUUGGAAAUCAAGUUUUUUCUUUACAUUGUAGUGAAAAUGCUUUUGUAGGAAUAUUUG